AUCUUGAACUUUGUUUCAGAAAGAAUGAAUUACUCCAGGUGGUCUACCAUCAGAAGAGGGUUCAGCAAUUUCCGUCUCCGGGAACAAUUAGAACUAGCCAGGGAUCAGUAUGAGAACCUGGAGACAAGGUUGAGAGGAGUAAACAAGCUUCCAAUAAUCCACAGUGAAGGAUAUGUCUGUGGAUUGCCGAUAAACCAUAGAUUCCAGAUGACAAAGUUUAGAGAACUUUUCAAUGUUCUCGUCAAGGAUGGAGUAAUAAAUCCAAAGGUUCAAGUUAUCUCUCCAACCCAUGUAUCUCAGGAACUAGCUUGUUUAGCUCACUCUGAGGAGUAUGUGAACAAGUUCUUCCACGGAGAGACGUCUAGCGAGGAACAGAGAAGAACUGGAUUUAUCUGGACCCACGGUCUCUGCAGCAGAGUUAGAUACGAGACUGGAGGAACCUUGAUGUCUGCUAUGGUCAGCUUGACUCGUGGGCUUUCUUGUAGUACUGGAGGUGGUACUCAUCAUGCUGGUCCUGACUAUGGUUCAGGGUUCUGUUUACUCAACGAUCUUGCUGUGACCGCGGAAACCCUUCUCCGCCUGGGAUUAGUGCAGAAAGUUCUCAUAGUAGAUCUAGACGUACACCAAGGAGAUGGAACCGCUCUUAUCUUCUCCAAAAACCCGGAGGUGUUCACCUUCUCAAUGCACUGUCAGUCAAACUUCCCUUUCAGGAAGAAUGCAAGUGAUUUAGAUAUAGGACUAGAGGACCACGUGGGAGAUAGUGAAUAUUUAGCAGUCCUAGACGAAACCCUUCCUCAUCUCCUAGAUACACUCAGACCUGAUUUAGUUUUAUACGAUGCCGGAGUAGAUCCUCACGUUAAAGAUGAUUUAGGGAAGUUGGAUCUGACGGACGAGGGAUUAUGGCGGAGAGAUGAACUUGUAGUUAGGAAUUGUAUUAGACGAGGUAUUCCUGUAUCCACAGUCAUUGGAGGAGGAUACGACAGGAAUAUAGAGAUAUUAGCUGCUAGACACAGUAUAGUACACCGAGUUUGUACUAAAGUCUGGAGAGAAAGCAAUCUCGUUUUCUAAUGACAAUAUGUUGGACUCGAGCCAACCUUACUCUAACAACAGAUCAGACAAUACAGUUGCUCAAAGUACACCUGGAAACAUGCCGGACGCUAG